AUGUUCGUCAUAUUUCUCGCUGCCAUCGUUGCCUCGUCUUCCUCGCUGAAUAUCGAUCCAGAAUGCUAUAUGACAGUUCCAGAAAUCAUUCAACAUUACGGUUAUCCAUCAGAGGUACACAUAGUGAGAACUGACGACGAUUACAUUCUUGAACUUCAUCGGAUACCAUAUGGGAAGCAUGAUGAAGUCACCCCUAAUCGACCGGUUGUUUUUUUACAACACGGAGUAUUCUCGGACAGUUUUGCCUGGGCGGCAAACCUGGCGAAUGAAUCAGCUGAAAGUAAAUUCACCUUGGCAAAUAAAAAUUCAGCGUUCGUCUUUGCCGAUGCCGGUCUCGAUGUAUGGAUGGCUAACUCGCGUGGUACGCCGUCAUCACAGAAACAUAUUGGAUACGGUCCAGAUGAGCCACGAUUCUGGAACUUCACGUGGCAAGAUAUGUCCACUUUCGGCUUGAGUGCUUCGAUAGAUUAUGUAUUGGAAAAAACAAAACAGGACAGCCUCUACUUUGUCGGUCAUUCGCAAGGAACUGUGCUCUUAUUCGCCAAACUUGCAGAAGAUCCAAACUUUGCUACAAAGAUUCGUCAAUUUCAUGCGCUGGCCCCCGUCGCGACAGUCUCCCAUAUUGGUGGACUUUUUCGGAUAUUUGGCUACCGGCUAAUAGAUUUGGCUAAGUUCCUACUCGCAAGGAUCCCAAAUACGCCAUUGGUGUUUCCAAAAUUCAUACAAAAAAUCAUUAGCUUCUUCUGUAGUCUACCGAUUGCUCAAGGUGUUUGUACGUUAGAUAUCGGCUUUAUCGAUGGCACGGAGAAAAUGUUCAAUACGACUCGAGUUGGCACAUACCUCUGCCAUAUGCCAGCCGCUACUUCAUCAAAGAACAUUUUGCAUUGGGUGCAGGUGGUUAAAUCGCGAAAACUGAACAAAUUCGACUAUGGUCCCGAAGGAAACAUGCGAGAAUAUGGAACGAAAGACCCACCACAUUACGAUCUGCGAAAAAUCCGUACACCAACGUAUCUGUAUUGGAGCAGGGAUGACAUCUUGGCUGACAUGGAUGAUAUUCGGGAAGCGAUACUGGAAAAGAUGAAUGGAACAAUACGAGGUAGUUACGAACUGCCCCAUUACAGUCACUUGGACUUCGUUUACUCACUGAAUGCCACCAACGACAUCUACUAUCCAAUUGUCCUUGAUAUUCGGAAAGAUCUCGAUUCCAGACGCAUGCUGGCCAGCAAUCGAGUUCAAAAAUAA